GAAUCGAAUUUCAAUUGAAGGAAGCGGAGAAGCUUAUCCCGUUCGCGCACCACAUCCUCCUCCCAUGGCCGCCGUCUUCUCCUCCGUCACUCCCCGACUCUCUCCGGCCACCCGCCAACACCUUCCCCCCUUCCUCCGCCGCGACCGCAACACCUUACAUCUCCACUCUUCUUCACCACCGCCCGGCGCCGUCCCUACCGCGAUCAACACCUCUUCCAUCGAGCACCGAAUCCAGGAAUCCCUCUCCAUCCUCGACCUCAUGCAAUCCCAAUCCAUCUCCCCCGACUCUUCUCUCCUCUGCUCCAUUCUCAAGCGCUGCGCUGAUGCUCGGAGCCUCCGUCUCGGCCGUCUGGCCCACGAGAAAGCCCUCCUCGCCGGACUCCACACCGACCCCUUCGUCGCCAACAGCCUACUCCUCCUCUACUCCCGCUGCGGCCUCCUAUCCACCGCUCGCAAACUGUUCGACGAAAUGCCACUUAAAAAUGUCGUCUCCUGGACCACGGCCAUUUCCAUGUACCACCACGCCGGACUCCCACACGAAGCUAUCAAACUCUACCAACUCAUGUGCAACGGCACCGAUGGUGCCAGCAUCCCCGUCUGCAAACCCAACUGCUUCACCUACACAACUGUGCUCAACUGCUGCGCGAGUGUCAAGGACGUCGAAUUAGGCGUUACGGUUCACAAGCAGAUUGUUGAUGAUGGGUUACAGAAUGACAACUUCAUUACUGUUGCUUUGAUCGACAUGUAUACAAAAUGUGGCCAGGUUUGUGACGCGCGUAAGGUGUUUGACAGUAUUUCUGAGCCAUCAAUUGAGGCUUCCACUGCUAUGAUAGAAGGUUACAGCGGCAAUGGCCAACCCAAAGAGGCAGCAGAUGUUCUAAGAAUGGUUCUGAGAUCAGGACCAGUAGCAGAAGUGGUGAUGGCAUUAGGGUUUA